AUGCCCCACAUCCCUCCAUCAGAAGCUCCCCCUCCCUGCUCGGCUUUGCUCGAGCUCACACCAGUUGGUGGACGCCUCUCCAUCGUCGCUUCUCUAGGACUGCCUCCUCCGCCUGCCAUAUCAGGUGCAACAGAUCUCGUUGAGGAGCUCGACAAGCUUGGCCUUGGCUGCGCGCACCGAGCCGAGUAUAAAAGGCAGUCCCCUGAGAGGGAGCCUUGGGUUGGCUCCCAAGUGGGGCAACCAGCCGGGAAUGUGCUCCCCAGAACCACAGACGGUCUUGCAGAGGGAAGCACGUUAGGCAGCAAUAGCGAAUGGUCUUUUAGGUUGAGCCAACAACAGAUGCUGGACGGGCAACAGGCUUUGCGGCUUUCAGUGUGGUGCGGUCUAUCGAACGGAGCAGGAGGCCCUGCCAGGCCCUCCAGCGGGCCCAUUCAGUCAACGGGGGCGCUUCCUGGAGCAGUGGAUGCUACCAGUAGCAAGGAAACGGCGGGAGGCGAGGAACGCUGCGUGGCGUCUGAAGAGCAAGCACCCUCGGUAUACAACUUUUACUUCCGCUUGCCGUGCUCCCUCCCCUCUUUAAAGCUUCUUGGGGCCUCGUGCCUCCCUCUACAAGGAGAUGCAAGGACAAGGCAGGUAGCACAAAACACCAGUAAGGGAGAGCAACAUCAGGUUACGGCUCUCCGGCUCUCUAUGCAGUGCGACGUGAGGCCUGCUAGCCUCGCGGAGUCGAUACAAGAAAAAGAAGAUAGGAUCCUGCGGGCACUACAUGCUUUUCGACUGUCCUGGUCGUCUUGUGCAUGUGGAGUUCGCAGAGUCUGCGUGGGUCCAGACAAGAUCUUUAUCGCCAGUUGUGACGUGAAAGGACUCUUGAGAGGUCCCAAGGGCCCUUGCAGCGAAAGAAACUUUGCGUCGAAAUCGGCAGGUACUUUGUCCUUCCAGUUCUUAGGAGCAGCCACGAGUUUUCGAGGCUCUGCGUCGUUCGAUUCCCAGAGUGCAGACGAAGCCCUUUCGAGCCACGCUCGCAUCCCUGCAACCGAAGAUGGCAUAGACAGUGCAGCUGCUUGCUGUGGGCUUCGAAGCUUGCCUGCUUCUGGUGGUCGAGACAAGCGACAAGAGGCAUUUGGACAAGUGUGCGUGCUCAAGAGGCGCAUCUCGCUGCACCCAGGGGACUCAGGAGCCAGCACAGAUGGACCCAAUCUCUUCUUUCGUCAUUCGGACUUGUCCGCAUUUGCAGAAGACCUCUGUAGUUAUAGUAGAGAAGCAGCUGCUCUCCGCUUCCUGGUGCUACCCUUUACGCCCCCCAAAGGGGCUGAGCGCCCGUGGGAAAUUGGCAGGCAGGCGCCACCCGCACGCAGCCAUACACUGCGUGCAUCAGGAGACGCUAUCUGCAACCACAAUGGGCCUCAGCUGGUUUCUGCUGUGCCCUGGGUCAGCUGCGGACGAGAGACCACCUCUCUGGAGCUGCGCAUACUCCUGAGAGAGUGUUUUGUGGCUGCGGGCGGCACCCGAGAAGGUGGAAGCCCAGGAUUCUUAGCCAUGAAGGUCAUUCUGCGGGUGCUGAACGAGGCGAGAUAUCCCGAAGAGAUCCAGGAGCAGCAGCGUAAGCGAGAAGAGAAAUAUUGUGAAGAGAAACAGGUGGGGCCGUUGUGUGGGGGUUCACCUACAGGAUAUAUGCCGGUACGAAUGCAUUUAGCCCGCGUCAGCGUGCAACUGUUUGAGGAAGUGUUGCGAUUAGCUCGAGGAUCCAUGGUGGGGGAAAAUUUUCCUGGGGUUGCCAAAGCGCUCACACUCAAUUCCCUAGGGCUGAGCAGCUUCAAGGAUGAGUCCAAAGUGGCGUUUUUACCCUUGCCUUGA